AUGGGCCCUCCUGCAGAAGUAAAUUAUAAAAAAGAUAUGGUGGAUGCAGGAACGAUGUCUCUGGGGCUGGAUAAUGCCACAAGAGCUUAUAUAAACAAUAACCCUACGUUUGGAAGUCGUGUUGCCAAUACUAACUUUCACACUCUUUCUGCCAUUAUUGAGGAUGUCGAUUGUGUCUCUAAGAAUGAAUGGGUGUCACAGGCUGUUCAUGCCACCAGACAAAGACUGGGGAGAAUACCCAGAGGUGGCUGGAGUUUUAUCCUUGAAAAGUUCAACGUGAAAUUUUCUGAGAGUACGAGUCUAACCAGAUUGAAAAAUAUGGCCAAUCUCAAACCAGUAGUUGGUAACAAUAAUGAAGCUGGUGGAUCUAAUAGCAAACAAUUCCCAACAAGGGAACAAGUGGAAAUCUCCAAUUUCAGAAAUUGCCUGGAAGAGAUUAAUUUCCAAAUUAAGGAAGUUAAAUCGAUACCGAGAGAGGCUCGUAAGCCUACAUGGAAAAUUCCAAGAAAAUAUGUCAAAGCUGAUAUUUUAAUGGGAUUAAACUCUGCAAUAUAUCAUAUUACAAAGGACGAUCCACCUCGAGAUAUCAAUGCAAUUUGUGAUAUUUUAUAUGCUGCCCAGUGUGCCUACUCAGUCUUAACUAAGAAAGUUAAGCCACAGACCACAUGGUUGGGAAAUACCGAGGCGAAGAUCUCAAAAUUAUCCGCAGAACUAGAACUUGUAAAUUGUUACGUAAGACAGGCUCUGCCACAGUGUGAAAAACAAAAUGUGAUGGAUAUUCUAUGUCGUUAUGGAUAUAAAAAGAAGAAAAAAGGAGAGCUUUCGAGAAUCGAAUCCUUACUACAUGACCUAAUCAGAGUUAAGAAAAAACAAAUUGCUGUAUAUAACUCGAGGAAGGACUUCCGUAAGGACAAUGUUUGCUUCGAACUAAACAGAAGAAGAUUUUACAGAAACUUAUCAAAGAGUAAUGAAGUCACAACAUACUCUUUUGACGAUGAGGAGUGCAUGUCGUUCUGGGAAAAAGUAUGGAGCAAAAGGCGCGAAAUAUCCGUGUCACUGGACAAUGUUAGUAAAAGAAUAACCGGCAGUGAAGACAUGUUGCCAGAUUUAACAAAUAAUUACAUAAUGGAGAUCAUUAAAUAUCUUCCUGACUGGAAGGCACCGGGAUGUGACGGAAUAUAUAAUUUCUUCAUUAAAAGACUAGAAUCUCUGCAUGAAUUUUUAUGUGUUGAAAUCAAGAAAAUAAUCAACGGUGAUUACAUGCCAGAAAACUGGUUUUAUACUGGAAUUACAUAUCUAAUUCCUAAAAAGAACGAUUGUGAGACCCCGAAAGAUUUACGGCCUAUAACAUGCAUGUCGACACUUUAUAAGUUAGUUACCAAGUGUGUUAAUGGAAAACUGUCUGAGUUCAUGGAUGUAUUUGGCUUAAUUUCCGACAAUCAACUUGGUACGAGGAGACAGUGUCAGGGUGCUAAAGAACAGGCCCUUAUUAACCAAUGCCUAAAUAAAGAGUAUGGAAAUGGGCUAUACUCUGCAUGGAUUGAUGUCAAGAAGGCUUUCGAUUCUGUUGACCACGACUUUCUAUUUCAUGUGUUGGAGUGCUCUGGGAUACCUGUAUGGAUUGUUAACUUUGUGAAAAGGACUGUACGAAUGUGGACUGUAAAGCUCCAUGUUGACGGAAGGAGAAUUGGUUCUGUAAAGUUGAGCCGAGGGAUUUUACAAGGAGACUCGUUAUCUCCGCAACUGUUUGUUAUGGUGAUGGACCCACUAAGCAGGAUUCUUAAUGCCAUGUUUCCAAAGGUUCAGAUUAAUCAACAGGACCCAAAUAUGUUGACCUAUUCUACUAAUCAUUUGUUCUUCAUUGACGACCUAAAGAUAUUCGCUCUUAAAGAAGAUGUAGUAAUUAAAAUGAUGGAAGCUGUUGAUGGAUUCUUUAAAACUGUUGGCUUGGAGAUGAAUUCAGAAAAGUCUGCAUCAAAUGUCAAAUCUUUAUCUUGUUGUGAGACUUUGGAAGGAGUCAAAGGAUAUCGCUACUUGGGUGUACUUGAAGAUGCAGGAAGUAAUGUUCUUAAGAGUAAAGUAAUGGAUUCUAUCCUUGGAAAUGUAAAGGAAAGGAUAACCAUGCUUUCAAAGACGAAAUUAAAUGCGGUAAAUUUAUUCCACGCUAUAAAUGAACAUGCCAUUUCUCUAUAUAAUUAUUACAUUGGACUCAUUAAUAUUGAACCUCAUGAAUUUGAUUGUAUUGACCGUCAAAUACGACAACUUCUUACGACUCUCAGACUCCAUCUCAAACCUGCAAAUAAAGAGAGGUUAUAUUUAAAUCGGAAAUCUCUUGGGAGAGGACUUGCUUCAGUCUCUUUCAGAAGUGAACUGAUACUUUUCCAGUUCAUGAAAAGUUUAGAAAGACAGUCGACAGUAUGCUUACGGAGAUCGGGAAUCCUGCGUGUGAUACAAAUAAAUAAAUGGCAUAUGGCCACAAUUGCAGGAUUUCUCGCCUCCAAGUAUGCAAUUCUCGACAUGGAGAAUUUGGGUGUUGAAUUUAUCAAAGAUGCUCAAAGAAAAUAUUUGCUUAAGAACAUCAAUUGUAAAAUGCUACAUUCGGUUCUAUUCAAAUGCAUGGACGAACAAAAUGUUGAUCUAGCCACAUCCUCAGAGUGGUUAUCUAAAGGAAAUAAUGGUCCACGGAGUGAAGCAUUGUACUGUCUCUUGCAGGAUAGGAAUUUGUUCUUCACAUCCAUGGGAUCUUUAUGCAGUCACUGCAAAAAAUGCAAGAAAACAGUUGAUCAUUUGGCUACGCAGUGUGGAAAGAUGUUAAACAGUGAUUAUCUGCGGAGACACAAUGAAGUUGUGAAGUGCAUUCACCUUCAUUUGUGUCGAACCUACGGUAUUAAGAGAGGAAGCAAAUUAAAGACUCAUUCUGUUCAGUCCAUAUUAUCGACGCAGAAUGUUGAAAUCAGAGUCGAUAUGUCAAUCAUGACGGAAACUAAAGUUCAAUCCAACAAACCAGAUAUCUUCGUGUAUGACAAAACCAAACAAGAGAUAACCUUAAUUGAAGUUGGCAUCACGUCACAAGAUCGCCUCAAACAAGUAGAAAUCGAGAAAUUUCGUAAAUAUGAUCUGCUCGCAAACGAACUUUCGAUACUUUAUGAUGCAAAGGUAAAGAUUAUCCCGGUUGUCUUGACCUGGGACGGUGUUGUUUCGAGAUAUUUCAAAAACUAUAUGGACAAAUUAUCGAUCGAAAAAGCCACAAGAACUUAUAUUCAAUCUGUCGUUUUAAAAAGGACUCUAGAAAGCAUGGUAGUUGAACACAGACAUGGAGUGAGAGUAUCUGCCGAAGAAUACGCCUCUGCUGCUUACCAGCUUGCAGAAGUGGCAUGCUGCCGUGACACGCCGGUGAAAGAUGCUCCUCAAUUUGACUGUCAUCCAUCAAUUCCUUUCAAUGGCCUUCGAAGUUAUUUCUCUAUUUUGGAUAAGUCAAUCAAACCAAUCUAUGACAUAACCGUCGAAAUAUCCACAGAAAAAUACAACAGCAAAGCCCAAACAAAUAAUCUACGUCAGCACGUUGAUAUUCUAGAACAGAUGCUAAAACUGGCUGAUGUGAUGGACCUACUUGUGUCUCCAAAUACAAGCAGCUCCAAUCCUCGGCAAAUGGAGCAAGUAAUCGAAAAGAUAAACCAAGUUGACCAAACUUUUUUUGAUAAAGAAAGCACUAGAGGUCGAAAAAUUAUUAUGUUCGGUGAUAGUGCGGGUGCGAAUUUGGUGUUGACAGUUGCGGCUAAAACUAUAAUGGAAGGUCUACCAUAUUUGAAGGUUGAUAUUCGUUCCGAAAACCAGCGAGUUCCUCAAUUUUCUGGUUUUGAUUCGGACACUAUCGAUUCCAUGUUGUCCAAAUACAAUCUGGGGUAUUGGAUAGGCGACGUUGCAUCCAAAAUUCUGGACGAGGACAUUAGAAACGACCCUUGGGUCUCUCCAGCUAAUUUCAGUGAUGAAAUACUGAGGACAUUGCCUCCUGUUAGAAUAUUUGUAUUAAGCCCUAAUAACCGAGAAUAG